GUCAGGCGCUUCCUGGAAACCUGGCGCAUGCGCAGGACGUCGCGCGCGAAUUUUUGAGUUUCUGCGUAGGGGCCGGUUGCUCAGAGGGGAUUUCGGGAUUUUUUUGGGGGGUUAUGCAGCAAUGGCGAGCAAAUCCGACCCGUUGCGGUUGGAAUUGAGUUGCUCUUCGGAAAACGAUAUGACGGGAUCUUCCCGGAGUCUCCGGAGUUCGCGUGUGGCGGAGGAGCCGAAGAAAAGGGCUGAGGCCGGAGAGCCGUUCCAAUCCGCGCUGAGCUACUUUUCCCGAGUGAAGGCAGGUACCCCAUGGAAAGGCAAUGAUGUUCUGGAGAGACAUCUGGCUGCUGUAGAGCGAGUGGCCCUCAGCCAGGGGCUUCCCCCAGAGGCCGUGUCCAUACUGCUGGAAUUUUCUCUAAGCCUCCGCAUGGGGGGUACCGUCAGCACACGUGUCCUGAAGUUCCUGGUGCCAGCCUCCACAGUGCCACAGGAAGCGGUCAUCAGGGGCAUUUCCUGGCUCUGUGUGGAUAAGAUGCCAAUGAGCAUGCAGGUCCUCUUCAUUCGUUGGGUCCUCACUAUGUUUGACCUGAUCGACUCCAAGGACAAGUUGAGGGCUAUUUAUGGCUUCAUCUUCAGCUUCCUGACACAGGAGACGAUGUGUCCAUAUAUCUGCCAUCUUCUGUACCUGCUGACCAGGAGAGAAAAUAUUCGACCUUACCGGGUCAGAAAGCUUCUUGAACUUCAGGGUAAAAUGGGCCUACAGCCUUUCCUCUUGCACUUGCUGUCUUUAUACAAAAUCUUCUGCCCGGAUCUGGUCAUCCUGUCAGUGCCGUCCAGGAUGAAGAGUGGCUUCAGGAACCAUAACUCCACCUGGAAGUCGGCCCUCGCCGCUGUUCAGCGGAGCAGCCGCUCCAAGCUGUGGUCAGAUCUGCAGCUGAGCCCCGGCGUUCACAAGCGCCCCACUGCCAGGAAGAGGAAGCUGAAUGGGAGCAUUAGCAUCCCACCUGUCAGCUCCACGGUUCACAGCAGCAGCAGCAGCAGCAGACCCCUCAGCAGCAGCAGGGUCUUCCCCUUGGAGCAACUGCGCACCUUCCCCCAGCUGUUGGAGAACCUCCACCAAAUCGAGCUCCCGGCCCAGAUGGGUUCCAUGCUGGGCUCCUCGCUGGCGCUACACUUCUUGGACUGCAUGAGGGACAGCUGCGCUUUCCUGAGGCUCAAUUACUGGCUGGGCAGCACGCUUCAUGAAGAGUUCCUCUUCCGCAAGGACACGGUGGUGCAGGAUGCGCCUGAGGUCAUCCAGUUCCUAGACACUCUCAUUAGCGUGCAACACUUCCUUCAGGAGGGCUUCACAGCCACAGAGCUCUUCCUGUACAAGUUCCUGAGAGUUUGGGAUGGCUCGCUGCUCCGCCCCCAGGUGCUGGGCCUGUUGAGUGACAUCCCUGUCGUCCCGUGCUCUCGUAUCAAGCUCUUGCUUUUUGAACCUCUGACACAGCUUUUCUUCACAUCCUCUUUAUUUUUCAAGUGCAGUGUUAUAGAGUGCCUGAACAGCAUGCUGCAGAAGUGGCUCACCUGGCAUUCUGUGUACGCCUUCGAGGACGAGCUGGACAUCAGCGUGACCAGCCAGACUCCCCUGAACAUGACCCUGUCUGGCCUGAUGGACUCGGUCAUGGCUCUGGUCCAGUUCGUGGGCCGCAUUUCCACCAUUGGCCUGCAGCUGGAGCAGUACCACCCCCUGCUACUCAAUUUCACCCUGGACUUUUAUGAAACGGUCAGUGACAUGUUCCUGAAGUACGACAUGCCCCUGGUGGUCCUGCCACCAGUGGGGGUGUUUUACCCGGCCCUCCUUGCUACCGAGCCUGUGAGCAUGGAUAAACUUUGCCACAUCAUGUACAGGUACAGAACAAAUCUAAUAUCUGCCAAGAGUCAAGAGCAGAAUGCAAAGAAGCCCAUCGAGAUCAGCAGGAAGACGUACUGUCAGUUCAACCACUACGUGGUGUCCAUGGUGAACUGCCUGUGGAACUCCAAGGCCUUCCAGGCUAGCACCGGCCUGGAGGUGGGCACCGACGUGCUGUCCCGCAGCCGGGUGCCCGAGCACUGGGCUCGCUUCAGCCUCAUCCACCACCCGGCCUUCCUGGCCUAUGCUGUCGACUUUCACCAGAACUGUUGGCCAGAGAAGAUGACAAUGGACCUUGGGUCAAUAAAGGGUAAAUACUGGGAGUGGUUCGUGGAGUUCCUCUUCUGCCAGGACCUCCACGGCCUGAAGGAGUUCGUUCAAAGCAGCCUGAAUCGCAGGACAUCUGCCCAAGGGUCCAAGCUGAACUCUAACCGCAGCCAGGAGGAUGUAGUGGCUUCAUAACAAAUGGACCGGAGGAUUAUGGGUAGAGGGGUGGUUAAACUUGUCCUGUUGUAAUAAAUAUCCUGCAAACAUCUCUGCCUCCUUCUCUGUAAAUAAACUUGAGUACUUUACUCUGUAUACUUUUGUAACUUUACUGUAUAGCAUUUUUCUUGUAUAGUUUCUCUGCUUGUACAGUGUAUCAUGCGAUGUAAACCGUAGCUGCAAUAAAAGCAAUGAAACAGCUUU